AUGGUUGGGCAUAAUAACACGAUAAAAAGAGUACCGCCGUUUAUGAAAGAGCUAGAAGAUAUUUAUAACAUAUGUUAUAGCGGCUUAAAUAAAAUUGACAAGUGUAUUUUUGUAAAAAAAAUAAAGAGAAGAAUAAAUAUACAUGAGAUAGAUAUGUACCAAUUAUGUAUUCUUCAUUAUCAACUAUGCAAUAAAGAGAAGAUAUAUAAAAUGUCUUAUGUUCAAGAAGAUAUGGAUAUAAGCAAUUGUUUUUUUGACAGGGGUGAAACAAAGAUAUAUUUUUCGAAAGAUGGAAAUAUAGGUUGUUUAUUUAAUACAAAUGAAAAGAAAUUAAGAAUUGAAUUAUUCAAAAAUGUAAGCGAUAAUGGUAAUUUCUUUUUUACAUGUAUGAAUAGUAUAUUGAUUAAUGAUUUACAUAAAAAAUUCUUUAUAUAUGAAUCUUUCUGUUCUUUUAAUACUAAUAAUACUCUAUUAAUAUAUAGUGCUGAAAAUAAAGAUCAAAGGCUAAAAAAAGAAAAAAACAGCUUACAAGAAAAAGAUUUAGAUGCAUGGGAUAAAUUAAAUAAUGGAAUCUACGUAGAAACCUUUGGAGAACAAUUUAAUUGUAAUUCUUUUUAUUUAUAUUUAUAUAAUUUAUUAGAAAAUAAUAUAAAAUAUAUAACCGUCAAAGAUGUCACAAGUUGUUAUUACUCUCCACAAUUUAUUGAUGAAAAUUCUUUUGUUUGUUUAUCGUAUAGAACUACACCAUAUAGAUUAGGCAUCUACGCUUUUAAUAUAAGACCUAAUGAUUUGUAUUUAUGUACAUUGAACGAAGCAGAUUUGAAGAUCUGUGACGACAGAAAUAAAUACAAAUCAAACAAUACUAAUAACAGCAAUAAUAACAACAAUAAUAAUGAUAAUAAUAAGGCUUAUGUUAGGUGUGCUUAUACAAAAAUUUCAUCAAAAAAUUUUAAACAUACCGCAUCUCCAUAUAUUAUAAAACAUGAAGAUACAGUAUAUGUAGCAUGUUUAGUUGUCUUCUCUAAAAAUCAAGAAUGUAAACAACACAUUACCGAAUAUAAUUUGGUAUUAAUAAAACUAAAUAAACAAGAAACAAAAUCAACAAGCUUUUUACAAGACCAUGAAAAGGAAAACGUUAAGGAAAAGGCACACCAAAAUGGAAAUAUAAAUAUAAACAUUAAUAGUAAUAAUAAUAGUAAUAGUAAUGGUAAUGGUAAUGGUAAUGAUGUACACCCGAAUAAGGUACAAGAAAAAAAAGAUGAGAAUCUUCUUGUUAAUAUAAACAAUUCAACUAUUUAUCAUCCAAACGAAAGCAACGAAAAACGAAACAGUCUUACAAAUGAUUAUGAGAACACCAACUAUAGUUAUGAGGACAAUUAUGUACAUAAUGAUGAUAACGAUAUAUAUAUUAAUGGAUAUUUAAAAAAGUUUCAAAACGAAAAUACAAAUGAAGAAAAUAAUAAUAAACGUGAAUAUUCUUAUGAUACGAAUAAACAAUAUGAUGAAGAUACCUGUUAUGAUACCUUAUCCGAUGUACAUAAACAAUAUACAUGUGGCGAUGAAGAUGAUUUGAAUAAUGGAUAUCAUAAUAAUAAUAAUAAUAAAUUAAAAGAAGAAGAUGGUUGUACUUAUCAUAUGCAUGAACAUAAAGAUGAUGUUUGUAAUUAUACUAAAGUUCAAACAGAAAUACUUAUUAAAGAAGGGAAUUAUACUACAUAUUUUAGAGGAUUAUAUACAAACGAAAUCAAAGGAUGUUGUUAUCCAUAUAUUUUUUUAAAUACUAUUUUAUAUUGUAGUAAAAUAGUAGUAGCAGUUCAUAUGUUUACCAAAAAAAUAUAUAGAAUUCUAAUAAGUAAUAUAUACCAUGAAGAUGAUUUUAAUACAAGUAUAGAAAUAUUAACCAUGAAAAAUGACAACAUCUUGAUAAGUAUAAGAAAUAUGUUAUUAAAUGAUGUAUUAGCAUAUUGUAUAUUUAAUGAAAAAAAUAUACAUGGAGAUUAUAUAUAUUUAAUAAAUUUAAAAAGUUAUAAUUUGGAUUUUCACAAAUAUGAAAGUCUCCAAGAUGGCAACAUCUGCACAAAACAUGCGAAAAAUAGUUGUGAUGGUAAGCAUAAUAAUAUAUGUGAUGGUAAGCAUAAUAAUAUAUGUGAUGGUAACCAUAAUAAUAUAUGUGAUGGUAACCAUAAUAAUAUAUGUGAUGAUAACCAUAAUAAUAAUAUAUGUGAUGGUAACCAUAAUAAUAAUAAUAAUAAUAAUUGCGAUGGUCAUGUUUCGACGCAGAAAAGCAACACUUGUAAAAAUCAUAAGGGAAGCAUUUUAUACUUAUCGUUAAACGAUAACUCAAAAAAAUUAUUUAUGCUCCUAAACGAAAUGGUAACAUCACUAUUUCAAGAUAAACAUCCAUAUAUAAGAAGAAAAGAUGCACACUUUAAUUUAUUAUAUGAAAAUGAAAAUAGCUUUUUAUAUGAUAUUCAAGAGAAAAAUUUUAGUUUAUCUAAUUUUAAUUUAUUUAAUAAAAAAAAAUUAAGAAAUCUUAUUUUAUAUAUACAUGGAGGUCCUUAUAGUAUAACAUUAAAUGAAUAUAAAAAUAUAUUCAUAUACUUUGCAGCAUCAGGUUUUGAUGUUUUGUGUGUUAAUUAUAUUGGUUCCUUAUCCUUUUCCGAUAAACUUAAUAUAUUAAGUGGUCAUAUUAAUUCAAUAGAAAUAGAUGAUAUUAUUAAUAUUUUUAAAGAUUUUGUAAAUUAUUUUGGAGAUUAUGAAAAUAUUUAUUUAUAUGGAGGAUCCUAUGGAGCAUUUGCAUCAUGUUCAUUAUUAACAAAAUAUAACUCUUUAUUUAAAAGUGCUUGUAUUAUUAAUGGAGUAUAUGAAUGGAUUCUAUCUACAUAUUCAAGUGAUGUUCCGGAUUUCUUUCUUAACAUAACUAGAAAUAAAUUUUCAGAAUAUGAUUAUAAUUUAAGCAAAGAAGAUUAUGAACAACUAUAUGAUAUGUCUCCUAUUAAUUUUGCUCAUAAUAUAUCUUCUCCAAUUCUAAUUAUAUCCUCAAAAGAUGAUAAACGAGUAUCUUAUCAUAAUAGUAUUGCUUUAUAUAAUAAACUUAGGGCUCUUAAAAAAAAAUGUAAGCUCUUUCUAUUUCAAAAUACAAAUCAUUCCAUAGAUAAUUAUUCUUAUGAUGAAACCAUGUUGCUCAACAUUAUCUUGUGGUUCUACGACUAUGACGAUAAAAGAAAAAAAUAA